GUAUAGGUUACACACUUAGGCCAAAGUGGUAUUACAUGUAUAGGUUACACACUUAGGCCAAAGUGGUAUUACAUGUAUAGGUUACCCACAAAGUGUAGUGUUGUUUUAGCAUGAUUUAGGAGGGCUAGACCCACAAAGUGUAGUGUUGUUUUAGACCCACAAAGACAUUUUCAGGACAUUGUUUGGGUAAUAUAUUGUCACUCGAAAUACCAACACAUUCACACAGUGAAGUAUUUAAAGACAGGACAAUGAUAAAUGACCAAGGUAUAUAUUACGUUGCCAUGCACACUACCUCCAACAAUACAUUUGGAUGGAUUUCAAAUCACAGGGCUAGCUUUAAAUUUGGACUUUGUAGUUUUGAAAAUGUCUUCGAACUUCACGACAAUAGUAUAGGCCUACAUUAUUUCCUGGUGCUUUUUGGUCAAUGAUUGGCUAAUUCACAUGAUUAAUUCAGUUCUCUUUAAUUGGCACUAUUCCAGCAGCUCUUUAUCAUGUAAAAUAUAUUUGUGAAUAACUAAAACGCAGGUAAUGUGACCCUCCAUGAACUUCUCUGGCUUUGGCCCCCUUUCCUAGCCACAUUGUGUCUAUUCCGGGAAGUUGUUCAUUGUCAUCUGAUUUCAGCUAGUCUGAGCCUUUUCCAGUUUUAUUGUGCUGCUACAUUCCUGCUCCUUAAUAUGAAAACAACUUUCCUCUCUCCGUCAUUGCAGAUUAGGUCUACGGGGUUCAUCCCUUGAGCCUCCUCUCCCCAGUCUGCUGUAUCUGAUUGUGUGACACUUCUGGUGGGUCCACAUAGGGGGGGUGAUGUGUUCCAGUGGCGGUCCAGACAGCUCCGGCUAUGGGGGCAGCCGGUCCGGCUCCUCAUAUGCUCUGUGUGCCUUGGGGGUGGGGCUCAUAGCCCUGGGCAUCGUCAUGAUCGUGUGGACUGUGGUGCCCGGGGAUGCUCCCCAGACAACCAAGGCUCCGGGCAACUUCAGUGUUAUUGUACCAGUGGACCAUGCUGGGGAUGGAGAGAAGGACAGGGAAACGGCGAAGACUUCAUCAAUAGCCUAUGUGCUGGUGGGUGCGGGGGUGGCCAUGCUGCUGCUGUCCAUCUACCUGGGGGUGAGGAACAAGAGGAGGGGGAGCCAAAGAGGACAGGAGACACAGGUCCCCUUUGUGGACCAUGUGGCUGGGGAGGCAAGAGAGAUUGCAGGGGAGCCAGCACCAGCCUACGAUGUGCCCAGCUACGAGGAGGCGGUCACCAGUGGCCAGUACCCCAUACGCCAGAGCAACUUACGCCACAGCACCUCCCAGCUGCCUUCAUACGAAGACCUCAUCAGUGCUGUGGAAAAUGAGGGGGAGGGACCAAGAGCAGUUACUUCAGAGGAGGUUCCUCCCACCACUCCGGCCCUGGAUCCCCAGCCCGCCCCCGCGACUGCAGCCAACCCCCCCACCCGCAGCAGCAGUCGGGCUAGACGGAUACUACGGCCGCUCAGGGUACGCAGAAUCAAGUCAGAGAAACUCCAUCUGAAGGACUUCCGUUUUAAGGUCCGCAACCCUACUGAUGUGAAGGUGACCAUUGAACCCAUCACGCCACCACCACAGUAUGACGACAAGAUGCCUGAGUUCUGACAGCGCCCUCGGGCUUGGGAGGACUACAAGCAUUGUUUUUCAAUGUUGAAUAAAACAACACUAUUGCUGGAUCAGAUGGACUAAUAAUAAAUACAAUUUUUGGAAAGCAGAACCAUUAUAACAGAUGCUUUGUGAAUAUAGGCCCUGAACUCACAUACCAUCUCAGAGUAGGAGUGUUGAUCUAGGAUCUGUCCAUGCAAUCUUAUUCAUUAUGAACUGAAAGGCAAAGCUGAUCCUAGUUCAGAUCUCCCACUCUGAGACACUUUGUGGAUACACGGGCCUUGAGUCCAGAGGCCUGGCUGGGAGUCUUCUUCCUUCACACUGAGACCAAGACACUGACAUUGUUGCUUUGAAUCAAGAUGUUUCUCUGCUCUAUCUUGACUUGUUUAUUGAAAUCUGCUUAAUGGCAUAUUUAUUCCAGGGCUUCUUUAUGUGCACUAUGCUAUCUGUUUAGAACACUGUGGCUGUGUUUUGAAGAUAGGUAAUUCUCUUGUUCUUAUCUUGUGCACAAAUACAUCUUGACAUCCAGAAAAUGUCCUUAACCUUUUCAGAUGGAAUGCAUAAAAUGGUGUCAUAACAGUUCCUUGGUAAUUGUAUUGUAUCAGCAGAUGUGCCUAUUAGGAAACGAUCAUCAGUUUGUCCCACACAGUGAUUGCUCAUGGACUACUGGAAACAAAUGCCCUAUGAAAAUGGUAGUUUCAUGUCAGUCUAUACAAAGAAUGGCACAACUUUUGAGAAUGUGUUUUAUAGUACUACUAUGUAGAGGACAUGCUGAAGCCAAGGAAUAAUUAAAUACCUUUAUGUUGACGUUUGGUAUUUGGAGAGUAUUGAAUGUGAAUCAUGAAAAUGGCCACUUUCUAUAACUGCAGCAACAAUGAAAGGGAAUAAGUGUUGUCUCGUCAGCUUUACAUUCAAGGGAAUAGCAGGUAGAAUACCCUGUAGUCCAAAUAAACUGUAAGACUUAUCUCUGCUAAUUUAUCUAAUUAACUAUGCACAUUUUUACAGAGUUAAGAGCAUUUUGAUAAGACUGCUUCAAGAUUUCUUUCCUUAUGUGGACCGUGAAUGAAUGUACCUUUCUAGUACUGACCCAGUUCACCUAACUACAGCCAUGUUUGGGAAGAUCAUUGGAGAAGCAUUAUGUAAUUACAAUUAAACUGCAGUUAUUUCUGAAAUAUUUUUUUGUCAUCUGACACUAGAGAAAAAAUGGAACUAUUGGGCUCCCGAGUGGCACAGCAGUCUAAGGCACUGCAGUGCAAGAGGCAUCACUACAGACCCUGGUUCGAUUCCAGGCUGUAACACAACCGGCCGUGAUUGGGAGUCCUUGAUUGGGAGUACUUAGUGUAGGUGACCAAAUUCAAUAGAUAACACUGUAUGAAUGACCUCUGGUCUGUAGAAUUGGUUUGCGUGUAGGAGCUUGUUUCUGUAUUGACACAUUUAAAUUGGUCGUGAAAGGUAUUGGGGUAAUUGUCUGUUUUAAAAAAAUGUAAAUAUCAAUGUAUUUAUUUUAACGUGCAAAUCAUUAUUUUGGGAUUCUUGAGAAAUAAAAUUGACUUGAGUUGUU